ACACAAAGUCUUCUCUAUUCUUCAUUAGAGUUUAGAUUUCACGACUGUUACUACAGCAGCUAACCGUCUAAGAAAAUGAAACUUCUGAUUGUUGCCUUCGCCUGCAUCGCAGCCGUGACUGCUGAUGUUAGUCACUUGCCUAGUAACGAUUACCUACCACCCAUUCAAGAUGUUCCGUCAGUUGAGGCUCCAGUUUCCAACUUUAUUCCAGAGAUCACUGCUCCUGCUCCAGUUUUCGCCCCUGCUCCGAUUGAAGUUGCUCCAGCCCAUAUUUUGGCUGAUGAUGGUUACCGCUAUAAGACACACCGUCGUGUUGUGUACCGUCGCAACCGCCGUGAUGUGAGUCACUUACCUUCAAACGAUUACUUGCCACCAGUUCAAGAAGCUCCAGUUGCUGCACCAGCAAAUGAUUACUUGCCUCCAGUACAGCAGGCUGCCCCAGCUCCAGUGUAUGCCCCCGCCCCAAUUUCAGCUCCAGCUCCAGUUGCAGUUGAAGCUGCUCCAGCCCAUAUUUUGGCUGAUGAUGGUUACCGCUAUAAGACACACCGUCGUGUUGUGUACCGUCGCAACCGCCGUGAUGUGAGUCACUUACCUUCAAACGAUUACUUGCCACCAGUUCAAGAAGCUCCAGUUGCUGCACCAGCAAAUGAUUACUUGCCUCCAGUACAGCAGGCUGCCCCAGCUCCAGUGUAUGCCCCCGCCCCAAUUUCAGCUCCAGCUCCAGUUGCAGUUGAAGCUGCUCCAGCCCAUAUUUUGGCUGAUGAUGGUUACCGCUAUAAGACACACCGUCGUGUUGUGUACCGUCGCAACCGCCGUGAUGUGAGUCAUUUACCUUCAAACGAUUACUUGCCACCAGUUCAAGAAGCACCAGUUGCGGCACCAGCAAAUGAUUACUUGCCUCCAGUACAGCAGGCUGCCCCAGCUCCAGUGUAUGCCCCCGCCCCAAUUUCAGCUCCAGUUGCAGUUGAAGCUGCUCCAGCCCAUAUUUUGGCUGAUGAUGGUUACCGCUACAAGACACACCGUCGUGUUGUAUACCGUCGCAACCGUCGUGAUGUAAGUCAUUUACCUUCAAACGAUUACUUGCCACCAGUUCAAGAAGCACCAGUUGCGGCACCAGCAAAUGAUUACUUGCCUCCAGUACAGCAAGCUGCCCCAGCUCCUCUUCCGGUCUAUGCCCCGGCCCCAGCUCCAGUCCAAAGUGAAGCUGCGCCAGCUCAUGUUUUCGCCGAUGAUGGUUACCGUUACAAAACUAAUCGUCGCGUAGUUUACCGUCGUCAUAAAUAAUUUCAUCUUACCAGAACAUACAUCAUUCAGCCAG